CCGGCCGCACAUGUGUUUCUGUUUUGUGUUGUAGCAUUUGUUCUGGAAGCUCGUAUUUACAUUUUAAGUGUAUCUGGUGAGAGGGCAGGAUCCCUCGUCUGGGCCGGAAAAAAAGAAAGAAAGAAAGAAAAGCAGCCUUCCUAUCCGUCUUUUAGUUGCGACUCUUCCUUUUUCUCUCCGGUUUUGCAUCACUCCAGCCAGCCGCGACCAUGCCCAGGAAGAAGGCGGCGGCGGCCUGGGAGGAGCCGAGCUCGGGGAACGGUAUGGCCCGCGCGGGGCCCAGGAAGCGCGGCGGCCCGGCGAGUAGGAAGCGCGAGCGGCCCGAGCGCUGCAGUAGCAGCAGCGGCGGCGGCAGCAGCGGCGACGAGGACGGCCUGGAGCUCGACGGGGCCCCCGGCGGCGGCAAACGAGCGGCGCGACCGGCGACGGCCGGCAAGGCGGGUGGCGCGGCCGUGGUCAUCACCGAGCCCGAGCACACCAAGGAGCGCGUCAAACUUGAAGGGUCUAAGUGCAAAGGUCAACUUUUGAUUUUUGGGGCAACCAACUGGGACUUGAUUGGUCGUAAAGAAGUGCCUAAGCAACAAGCCGCUUACCGCAAUCUCGGUCAGAACCUGUGGGGGCCUCACAGGUAUGGAUGCCUGGCGGGGGUCCGGGUGCGGACCGUGGUGUCAGGGUCGUGUGCUGCCCACAGCCUCCUCAUCACCACAGAGGGAAAGCUGUGGAGCUGGGGGCGGAAUGAGAAGGGGCAGCUUGGCCAUGGUGACACCAAGAGAGUGGAAGCCCCUAGGCUGAUCGAGGGCCUCAGCCAUGAAGUGAUCGUGUUGGCCACCUGUGGGCGAAACCACACUCUGGCAUUGACGGAAACUGGCUCUGUGUUUGCUUUCGGAGAGAACAAGAUGGGGCAGUUGGGCCUCGGGAACCAGACAGACGCUGUCCCCAGCCCUGCGCAGAUAAUGUACAACGGCCAGCCAAUUACCAAAAUGGCCUGCGGGGCAGAAUUCAGUAUGAUAAUGGACUGCAAAGGAAACCUCUAUUCCUUUGGGUGCCCUGAAUACGGCCAGCUGGGACACAACUCGGAUGGGAAGUUCAUUGCCCGGGCACAGCGGAUAGAGUAUGACUGCGAGCUGGUGCCCCGGCGAGUGGCCAUCUUCAUUGAGAAGACGAAAGAUGGGCAGAUCCUGCCGGUACCCAACGUGGUCGUACGCGAUGUGGCCUGUGGCGCCAACCACACGCUGGUCCUGGAUUCCCAGAAGCGCGUCUUCUCCUGGGGCUUUGGGGGCUAUGGCCGCCUGGGCCAUGCAGAGCAGAAGGACGAGAUGGUGCCUCGCCUGGUGAAGCUGUUCGACUUCCCCGGCCGUGGUGCUUCGCAGAUCUAUGCUGGCUACACCUGCUCCUUUGCUGUCAGUGAAGUGGGAGGGCUGUUUUUCUGGGGGGCCACCAACACCUCCCGAGAGUCUACCAUGUAUCCGAAAGCAGUGCAGGACCUCUGUGGCUGGAGGAUCCGGAGCCUGGCUUGUGGGAAGAGCAGCAUCAUCGUGGCAGCUGACGAGAGCACCAUCAGCUGGGGCCCAUCGCCGACCUUCGGGGAGCUGGGCUACGGGGACCACAAGCCCAAGUCUUCCACUGCAGCCCAGGAAGUGAAGACUCUGGACGGCAUCUUCUCAGAGCAGGUGGCCAUGGGCUAUUCACACUCCUUGGUGAUUGCCCGGGAUGAGAGCGAGACAGAGAAGGAAAAGAUCAAGAGGCUGCCAGAGUACAACCCGCGCACCCUUUGAGCAGAGCCAGGCUCUGCCCUGCGGCAGCUGUCAUUUCCGCGUGCACUGGGACAGGAAGUCAGACGAGGAAUUUAGAAAAGGAGAGUUGACUGAAGGUGCAUUUUUGUUAGACUCCCCGAGGUUCUAUUUUCUAAGUGAUUCAACGUUAACUACCUUUUUCUGUAUGCUUUCCAAAGUGGUUUUUUUUUCAGUGUUUAAUUAAAAUAUUUGCUCAUUGUUGACUUACCAUUCCUACAAAAGAGGCAGAAACUUUGAGCAAUUUAGGUUUUUUUAAGUUGUAUUCUUUUUUCCUCUUCUGAAUAUGCUUCCCCAAACCUCCCAUUCCAGUUGUAAUUAGCAUUGUGGUCUGAGUGGGUGCUACAUGGGAGAGGAAUGGCCGUUUACUCUGACAAAAAUGUCCCUUACGGGAACCAGCAGCAUCUAUGCCAAGAUGUCCCUGGUAGCCGAUCUCCAUCCAAAGUCAAACAAGCGUGCUUGGGGAGCAUCUGGGCCACUUGCCGCUUUUCCCUGCAGACUGGCUCCAGCUGCCGCUUGCUCUGCUCCCCUUGGCUGCUUGGAAGCUCCACAGCCUUUUGGCUGCACCAUUCAUAGAAUCUGCUAUUUCCCCCCUGGCGGGGGCUUUGGGUUUAUGUUUAGCCAUUUUUUAUCUCCUUUAGCUGUACAAGAAGUCCAAUUGAGAAUCAGAUGGUGAUGAACCAUGGGACCUGGUGGGUGGAGCAGAGGUGGGGAACAUUUGUAACUGUUGGAGGGUCUGGCUUUAUGGCUCCCUUUCGAGCCCAGGCCUUGGCACUAGCGCUGCUCAGCUCUAGAGGUCGAUCAGUCCGCUGUCCUGGCACACUCUCCAGGCCCUGAGAGGAAGGACCAGUCCCUGUGUCGCAGCCUGUCACCGCCGCCUCUGCUUCCGUCUGUCUUGCCUGGCCAUUCCCACCCCAAACAGCUGCCCUGUCUUGCACCUUGGGUUGCUGGCCCGCUAAUCCGCGCUCUGGUCACAUGUGCUCAGCUCUGGUACCAAAUAGCUGGGAUUCCUGAAGCGAUCCCCCUGCCCUGUGUGUCAGUGCAGAAGCCAGGAUGGCUGUCUGCCGUGUCCCUGUCAAGUGCCCUCUGCCCAAGCCGUCCCUGUGCCGACCGCACUGCGGGAGUUACGAGGUGCCUUUCCUGGAACCAAGCGAGGCGACAGCACUGGCUGGGGCUUGAGGUUUCCAGGGGUCUGGACUGGUUUGGGUGCUUUAAAUAGAUUUUUAGCUCUGUGGUGCUUCUGGGGGAGAAAGGGGUUCAGUGUGAGACUUGGGUGGAUGGGAGACUUCAGUACUGGUGUUUAGCUGUUAUUUUUGCUUUUGCUGUUGUUACCACCUGUCAUUGUCUCCAUGUUAAAAUGCCAAAAAUGAUCUAGUUGUCACCGCUUUUCCCCCACCUGUCUUCCUACCCCGUCCCUGCUCACAGUGACUUCUGUCCUUCUGGGUCUCAGCUGGUCCCACAGCCUGCAUUUAAGACCCAGCCCGAGUCCUUGCUCAUUUCUGCCACCCUGUGUUGGACAGUGGCCCCAGGACAAGCUUCUGCAGUGUCAGAACUUCUGCUGAACUAACCUGAUCUGUCCCUGUCACCCCCAGAUGCUUCCCACCCAAGAUCCCGUGGGUGGGGCCUAUGUGGUCCCUGCUCCCACCUGAGCAGCUCCCCUGAGCGAGGCUGGCAGUCUCUUAUUGUCUUACACCCUGGGGUCUCCCUGGAGCUCUGUGGUACCCAGAGGUUGAGGACACAGUAGUAUGGGAGCUGCCCCGGGCUGAGCUGGGCUCAUCUUCCAGGCGACACCUAAAACCAGCGGCUGCCACCCUCGGGCCCCAAGGUGUCCUGUGCCCUCCCUCACCUUCCUCUCAGUGUAGGAUUGUAACAUGAACUUCCUCUUGGGGAGCACCCUUUAGAACAGGAGUUGGGGCGGCCUGCACUCUUCCAAGAGGCGCAGAGGACCGAGCAGAGAAGGGGCUUGGCUGCCCUGCAGUGUCCAGCAGCCCUCCAUGUCUGGAAGGAGAGUCCAAAAGGGGGCUUAGGUGGUUGGGAAUCAAAGAGGACAUUGUGAUUUGGUUGAAGGCGCCUGGUUUAGUGCUGUAAUUGUCUUUAUUUUUUUUUAUAUAUAUAUUUCUUGGAGUAAACAUUUUAAAUAAACUGCAUCAUUGUUUACUCUG